GUCUCUGCUCCCGUUUCAGGAUUCUGGGGGAGGGCAAUGCUGGGCUCAUGGGCCUGGCCGCGGAGUCGACCCCCGGCAAGCGGAUCCGCAAGCCGUCGCUGCUCUACGAGGGCUUCGAGAGCCCCACCAUGGCGUCGGUGCCGGCCCUGCAGUCCCCCCAGGUGAACCCGCCCCCACCGGAGGUUUCCAACCCCAAGAAGCCGGGCCGGGUCACCAACCAGCUGCAGUAUCUGCACAAAGUGGUGAUGAAGGCCCUGUGGAAGCACCAGUUUGCGUGGCCUUUCCGCCAGCCUGUCGACGCUGUCAAGCUGGGCCUGCCGGACUACCACAAGAUCAUCAAGCAGCCCAUGGACAUGGGGACAAUCAAGCGGCGCCUGGAGAACAACUAUUAUUGGGGGGCUGCGGAGUGCAUGCAGGACUUCAACACCAUGUUCACCAACUGCUACAUCUACAACAAGCCCACAGAUGACAUUGUGCUGAUGGCCCAGACGCUGGAGAAGAUCUUUCUGCAGAAGGUGGCCCAGAUGCCUCCAGAGGAGCAGGAGAUAGUGGUCCCAGUGGCCAAGAACAGCCAUAAGAAGGGAGCGUCCCGGGCAGCAGCUCUCCUGGCGGGACUCACGGCUGCUCAGCAGGUGCCGGCUGUCUCCUCCGUGUCCCACACUGCGGUCUACCCCCCGCGCCCCGAAAUCCCCACCACCAUAGCCAACAUUCCCCCGCCGCCGGCGCUCUACGACUCGGAGGAAGAGGAGGAGAGCAAGCCCAUGACGUACGACGAGAAGCGCCAGCUCAGCCUGGACAUCAACAAGCUGCCGGGCGAGAAGCUGGGCCGGGUGGUGCACAUCAUCCAGUCGCGGGAGCCCUCCCUGCGCGACUCCAACCCCGAGGAGAUCGAGAUCGACUUCGAGACCCUCAAGCCCUCGACGCUGCGGGAGCUGGAGCGCUACGUGCUGUCCUGCCUGCGGAAGAAGCCGCGCAAGCCCUACAGCGAAACCAUGAAGAAGCUAGUAGGGAAGACGAAAGAGGAGCUGGCGCUGGAGAAGAAGCGGGAACUGGAGAAGCGGCUGCAGGACGUUAGCGGUCAGCUCAACUCGGCCAAGAAGCCCCCGAAGAAGGGUGAGUGCUCGGGCUGGGGUGGGUCUCGCUGCGCCGGGCUCUGCCCGCCGCGGCUCUGA